AUGACUAGACAGGAUGAUGAAGAAGAUGGAUUUCAGGGGUAUCCUUCACAAAUGGCUCAACAACAUGAUCACCAUGAAGCAGCAGCAGCCAUUGGUGUGGAUUUUGAAGGUCCAGAUUCAGUCAACGGCCAUCUGGGAAUUAUGGAAUAUAAGACAUUACCAGAGUGCAAAGAAGGAAACCAGACCUCAAAAUCACCACCAAUGGCCACUUCCUACUUCUUCCUAUUCAUCUUCAUCCUCCUUUGCAGUCCUUGCAAGAUAAAUUCAAGUUCAUGCUCACUGAAUUUCAGCCAAUUCCCAUAUGAAGCACACAGCGAGUGCUUUGACAUAGAUUCAGGUUCUAUCCCCUCUUCAGUAUUGCGUUCAUGCUGCAGCUCAGCCCUCCAAUCUUUCUUCCAAGCAAUGGCUAUAAAAACCAAUCAGUCUGGAUCCAUAUUCCUCCAAAUGGAUGAAGCUCAAGAUUGUUUUAACACAUUCCAAAGUCUUCACCAGAGGACUAAUCUCAAUAAAUGUGAAAUCCAACAGUUCAUCUCUUCCUCAACACCAAACCUGUGCUCAAAGGGAGUUUAUUCAAUCACAAAUUUUCUCGGGUUUGAGAGAUACAGCGCCGUCCAGUCCAAUUGUAAAGACUUGUCUGCUUCUUAUUAUAGUGAUGAGACGUGUUUUAACUGCGUCUCCUCUUAUAGUCAGUCACUGCAAGCUUUGAAAGAAGGUGAUAGUUCAAAUGGACAAAGGUGUGCUGAAGCUCUCCUUGUUAGUCUUGCAAGCUCAGAUGUGAACACCCCAAACUGGGUCUAUGGGACUUUUUCUUGUUUAUGGAGUGAAAUACAGCUUCCAUGGACAACACAAAAUCAGAAGAAAGGACCUCUGCUGAGUUCCAAGGAACUCAUCGCUACGGUAAUUGCGGUAGCAGUGCUUGUCAUCCUAGCUCCAAUACUAUAUACACUAACCAGGAAGCAACUUCAACAUGCAAGUGAAGAGGACAUGGAUAAUCUAUCAGUCGUAGCCCUUAAAAAAGAACUAGAAGAUGAAGCCAGAAGUCACUUCGAUUGCUCUGGCCUCUAUGUAUUCUCGCAAGAUGAAAUGAACAGAGCUACCAAUUCCUUUGAUAAUUCAAACUUGAUUGGAGAGGGAACUCUUGGGAAAAUGUAUAUUGGAAGAAUGCCUAGCGGAAUGAGAGUGGCAAUCAAGAGACUUAAAGAGGGCAUUAAGCUUCAUACUCUUGUUGAUGAUAUAUGCCAGAAGGCAAAAAUAAGGCAUCCCAAUUUGGUGAGCACUCUUGGAUAUUGUGAUAGAGGAGAUGAGUGUCUGGUAUCUGAGUUCUGUGUUAAUGGUGAUCUUGAAAGCUGGCUUCUUGGUAAGCUUCUCUGUUUCUUAUUAUAUAGGAAGUUUUGCUAA